UCACCCGGCCGAUUUCACUCCAGUCAGCACCACAGAACUCGGUGAGGUCGCUCGUCGAAGUAAGGAUUUCGAAGAACGUAAUGUAAAAGUGCUCGGUCUUUCAGCCAAUAGUUUGGGUGAUCACGAGAAGUGGGUUGAAGAUAUCAACGAAGUGAAUGGCGUCCAUCUUAACUUCCCCAUUAUUGCCGAUGCUGAGCGUCAGGUUGCCGCAUUAUAUGAUAUGUUGGACCAUCAAGAUGUUACUAAUGUUGACACUAAGGGCCGUAAUUUCGAUGAAAUUAUUCGUGUUAUUGACUCCCUUCAACUCGGCGACAAACACCGAUGUACCACUCCCGCAAACUGGAAGAAAGGUGAAGAUGUCAUCGUCCAUCCCAGUGUUAGUAAUGAAGAAGCCAACACUCUGUUCCCAGGUUAUAGAACCAUUAAACCAUAUCUUCGACUUGCCAAAUCACCUUUCUAA